AUGAUACGGCCACCCCGCCAGGUCUCGAUCCCACCUCCGCUCUCGAUCGGUCUUGGCGCUUUGGCCUGCAUUGGUCUCCUUUACAAAUCGAAUUCCUACCUAUCUAGGCGUGCGUUGAACAGUCCCGAGGAAAAGGAUACGUGGGACUGGGAUAAGGAAAUCGUGGUGGUGACUGGGGGUUCCAGUGGAAUUGGAGCAGCAAUCGUUAAGCUCUUUGCCGAACAGGGUAUUAAGACGAUAAAUUUGGAUCUUUGCAGGCCCCAUCCAGAUGCCCAGACAGAAAAUGCGUUUUUCUAUCAAGUCGACUUAACCAAUGUGGAGCACAUCAACAAAAUUGCGGACCGAAUUCGAUCGGAACAUGGUCACCCCACGGUUCUGAUAAAUAAUGCCGGUAUACAGUGGAAUAAGCCAAUUCUUGAGCUUCCACGAGAUAAGAUUCACGCGACAUUUGAAGUGAAUAUUAUCUCCAACUUUCUUCUUGUCAAGGAAUUCCUUCCAGCGAUGGUAUCGAAUAACCAUGGACAUGUCGUGACUGUUGCCAGCCUUGCUUCAUUCACAACACGUGCGGUUAAUGUCGACUAUGCAUGCACCAAGUCUGCUGCUCUGGCAUUUCAUGAAGGUCUUGGACAGGAACUUCGACAUAUCUAUCGCGCGCCAGGGGUUCGCACAACUAUUAUUCAUCCGGGCUGGGUCAAGACACCGCUUAUCAAAAAGCUUAUGCAGAGUGGAGCUCUCAGGGGUCAUCUUCUCGAACCUGAAGAAGUUGCAGAGGCUAUAUUAAAGCAGCUUCGGUCAGCCUUUGGCGCUCAGGUAUUCCUACCAUCUAACUUCUGGAUACUUUCACUUGUGAGAGGAGCUCCUUCUUGGAUACAGGAGCGGAUCCGAAAUUUAUUGACAACCAGUAGAGGCUACGACCAUAAUUAA